UACAAGAAUAUAAAUUCCACUUUAAUCAUUCUCAGUACUAAAGCCAUACAACACAUAUCAGAGUCAGUGUUUGUGGGACUGUGUCGUAAAGUGGGGACACCACAACAGGUGGCCAUGAGGAGAGAUGUGUUGGACAUCAUGGAUACCGUGAUAAAUCAAAUAAAAACAAGUUAUGAUGACAGAGAGAUGGUGAGUGGAAGUAUCGGAGAAGGAUUCAGACUGAAAGGAUCUGAUGUGGACAUUAUGAGGUGGUCAAAUAAUCACUGUGUUGUCUGGGACUUAUCUCAGUCUCAGUAUUACAACACAUACAGACAAACACUGAUGCUCUGUGACUGUUCUGAUAGUCCACCAGGAUUUACUUUGUUAUAUUUACUGUCAUUAACCUGGGACAGAAGAAUCCAGAGAGGGUGUGUUAGAAUGAAUAACAGAUAUUAUGUAUCUAGUUCUGUAUACAGACAGUACUCUUUAUAUGUAUCAUUACAAACUGCACCUUAUAACUUAACGCCACAUGGACCCUGUGCCACUGGAACAUUUGGAAGACAAGAAUAUGGGACUGGACUGGAUAAUGCUGACUGUUUUGUUAGUGACUUUUGGCCUCCCUCUGCCUCCUCAUGGAGAGACAGAUGUCACUCAUGGCCCCAGCCUCAUGUUGUUGAUGAUAUAGUGAAAAAUGGAUGUCACUUUGUAGCAAUUGGACAUAAGCUAGGAAAUCAUGAAGAUCAUGAAUGGAGAAUUUCUUUCUCCCAAGCUGAACAAAAACUUGUGUUUGUAAUGAAUCACUGUCAAUUCUUAACUUACGGCUUACUUAAAUUCAUCUUAACAGAAAUAAUUAACAAUGGAGUAGGUGAUGAUGAUAAAUUACUGUGUUCCUAUCACAUGAAGACGGCAGUUUUCUGGGUGAUUCAACAAAAUACAAUACCUCACUGGUGUCCACAAAAUCUCCUGGGGGGUUUCUGGGUCUGUUUUAAACUCAUCCUCAAAUGGGUUUAUGAGGGGGUCUGUCCUAACUUUUUUAUUCCAGAAAACAACAUGUUUCUGAGUAAAAGUUUUGGCAUCAAACAACAUCAAUUAAUUAUAAGACUGUCUGAGUUGUAUGAGAAGGGUUUGGCAUUCCUGCUACACAGUCCCUCCAUUAGGUCUUAUAUUAUAGAUGUCUUACAUAACCCCAGAAACUCCAUCUGUACAGAUGUUCAUACUCUGAUUUCUGAGGCUGAGUUUGAUAGAUAUCUAUUUCGUGAAAUACUACUUGAUUGCAUACCAGCCAAAUUGGACAUACAAAGCUGCAUUAGAUAUCUACAUACAAUAGAACAGAUGAUAGGUUCACCCCUCCUGACACAGUAUCAAGUCCUCAAGCUACAGAUCAGCACUGCCAGGGUCCUUCAGUACACUGCUUUUAUAUUACACAUGGAAACUUACACACCUGAAAACAAACUGAGUUAUAGAGCUGACAAAAUGUCCUCUCACAUGCUGAAAUUAGCAUCCAGGUUUGGUUGUAUCACAGACAUGCUGUACAUAGCCAUGUAUUACUACAAGACACGUAGACACAUGGAAGCUUUAUUUUUUGUAGAGAUGAUAAAGGUCAAGUUAGCACAGCCUUAUGUGAUGUAUAUACAUUAUUUAGAUAGAAAGAUGUAUACUGAGGCUGUAGGGGGGCAGUCCUGGUCUACAAAGAUGAGACAGGCUGUAGCAGGGAAUGUCGGACUUUACAAUAGCAUCCAUUACAUUAAUGAACUGAUACCAGAACUACAGUCUGCUCUACAGAACCACUGGACAUUAUUAUUUGUACCAUCCUUGGUACUGUUAUACAUGCUAGAGAUCUUUUGCUACAGACAUGUAGACACAAUGCGAGCACAAACAGCUCUAGAUGAUCUACAGACCCUAGUUCACUAUGAUCAGGGACAGUUUAUAGAUUUAGAUUUCAGAGACAUAUCGUUGCAGAUUCUGGGAAUCUGUCAACAGGUGACAGGGAACCUUCAGGCUGCUCUAUACUCAUACCAACAAUCUCUCAGACAAAAACCAUUCAACAAAGUACAAACAGCUACAAAAAUGAGAAUACAGAGUUUACAAAUGGAUUCCCUUAAUUAAUUAAAUGUCAGAUGAUAUUUGUAGGAGUUCACAGAUAGAGAUUCUCAUUUCAUAAUCCUCUUCUGAUUACAUGUAUUAUAAAGCUAAUAAUCUAGUCUAUAGUAUAAUAAAAUAAAAUUUAAGAGGCACCAUUACUUAUCAUAAUUUAUGAUACACUUAGCAUGCAUACACUACUACAUGUAAAUUACUUAAUACCCAGAGUUAGAUCAGAGAAACAGAGAAAAAAUGCGUUUCAACUUUAUAACCAUUUGUGCACCCCACCCCACAGGAACCACUGACCCUGGGGCCACAUAUUUCAAAAUUAUUUUCAUCACAAAUUUCAUUUGACUAAUACCACAGAGCAGAUUUCAUACCUGUAACCAUUGAUUUAUUUUCAGACUAUAGUGGAGCUUCAUUUAUCUGGACGCUUUGGUUCGUAGUCAAUUUAUCCAGUUAUGUGAAACGUCCGGAUAUCUGAAUUACCAGUUAAACAAGACAAAAUAAUGUUUAAAAAAUCCAUUCCGAUGAAAAGUCGUCCGGAUACUGAAGCAUCCGGAUAUCUGGCGUCUGGAUAUCUGAAGGUCCAUUGUAUCCCCCUGACCCAGCGGGCAUGAAAUUAACCAUUUUAAUUGAUGCACCUUUCUUCGUCAUAAGUAUACAUACUUAGAUCAUUGGCAUAUUACCCAGAAGCAAUGGAAAAAUUUUCCGAAGGAGUAAUGGAAAAGAGCUACAGCUCACCAUGUCUUCCUUUAUAUAGCAUCUAAUUUAAAUGUCUUCGCCCAUUUGUAUGUAAUAGAGAAACCACUCUCUGUUUGAAAGAAAAUGUUCCGGAAUUUGUUUUUUGUGGUAGGUGUUGAUAAU